UUAUAUUCUUUUGUUCAUUAAUUAAAACUAUAAAGUUCAAUUUAUAUAAAAGUUAAAAAUGGGUUUAGAAGAUAAUAAACUCGUUCAAAGAUUCGUUAAUGUUGGUGAAAAGAAGGCUGGAUCUACCUCUAUGGGGAUCUUUGUUGGUAUGUUUGCUGCUUUUGGUGGUAUCCUUUUCGGGUAUGAUACUGGUACCAUCUCCGGUAUAAUGGCUAUGAAAUACGUCAAAGAAAGAUUUCCUGCUAAUAAACAAGAGUUUACUUCAUCAGAAAGUUCUUUGAUUGUCUCAAUCUUAUCUGCUGGUACUUUCUUUGGUUCCCUUACCGCCCCAAUUUUAUCAGAUAGACUUGGUCGUCGUUGGUCAUUGAUCAUUUCAUCUUUAGUUAUUUUCAAUAUUGGUAUUAUUUUACAAACUAUUGCUACUGCCAUCCCAUUAUUAUGCGUGGGAAGAGUCAUUGCUGGUUUUGGUGUUGGUUUAAUUUCUGCUGUUAUUCCAUUAUAUCAAGCCGAAACUGUUCCAAAAUGGAUUAGAGGUGCUGUUAUCUCAUGUUAUCAAUGGGCCAUUACUCUUGGUUUAUUAUUAGCUGCUGUUGUUAACCAAGCCUGUCAUGCUAGAACUGAUUCUGGAUCUUAUAGAAUUCCAAUUGCUAUUCAAUUCUUAUGGGCACUUAUCUUAGGUGGAGGUUUACUUUUAUUACCAGAAACUCCAAGAUUCUGGGUUUCAAAAUCUCAAGAAGAUAAAGCUAAAAAGUCUCUUUCUACUUUAAGAAAAUUGCCACUUGAUCACCCUGAUUUAAUUGAAGAAUAUGAAGAAAUCAAAGCUAAUUUUGAUUAUGAAAGUAGAGUUGCUGAUUCAUCCUGGAAAUCUGUUUUCGCCAAUAAGAACAGUCAAAGAAAGAGAUUAGCCAUGGGUGUUUUCAUUCAAGCUUUACAACAAUUAACUGGUGUUAACUUUAUUUUCUACUAUGGAACUAAUUUCUUCCAAAGAGCUGGUAUUGAAAACAGUUUUGUUAUUCAAUUAGCUACUAAUAUUGUUAACUUCGGUUCCACUAUUCCAGGUAUUAUUUUAGUUGAAAUUGUUGGUAGAAGAAAGUUAUUGUUAGGAGGUUCCAUUGUGAUGUCAGUUUCUCAAUUAAUCGUUGCUAUCGUUGGUGUUGCUGCAGGUGAACAUUCUCAAGCUGCUAAUAAAUGUUUGAUUGCCUUUGUUUGUACUUUUAUUUCUGCCUUUGCCGCCACCUGGGGUCCUGGUGCUUGGAUUGUUAUUGCUGAAUCAUUCGCUUUACCUGUCAGACAACCUUCUAUUGCUCUUUCCACCGCUUCUAACUGGUUAUGGAAUUUCGCUAUCGCUUAUGCCACACCUUACAUGGUUGAUUCAGGUCCAGGUAAUGCUGACUUAGGAAGUAAAGUUUUCUUCAUUUGGGCUGGUUGUAACAUUCUUGGUUUCUUAUUCAUUUACACCAUGGUCUACGAAACUAAAGGGUUAUCCUUGGAAGAUGUCGAUGAAAUGUAUGAAAAAUGUAAACACGCUUGGAACUCUCCAUCCUUUAUCCCAACUCAACAUGCAUUCCAAAGUGCUCUUGACUCAAACUCUGUUAAUGACGAAAGUAAAGCUGAAGUCGAAGAAGCUUCAGUCUAAUAAAGUUUUGUCAUUCAGCUAUCUAAUUUCUUUAUGAUAUUACGAAACUUAUUUAUAAUAAUGAUUAGAUUUUAUACAUCUGCUCUCAAAACCACUUAAUGUCAUAUAAUAAAAUACAUUUAAAUUUUUUAAAAAU